UUUUUCUCUGUUUUCUCCCAUGGAAAUUUCCUUUCUUCUUCACCCAAUUCUUCUCUUUUUCUUUUUUCUUAUAUUCAUCUUUAUAAUCCUCUUUCUUUUGAGGCCAAAAUUUCUAUGCAACUGUGAGAUUUGCCAAGCUUAUUUGGCCUCAUCUUGGUCCAAAGACUUCCAUAACCUUUGUGAUUGGUAUUCUCAUCUUCUUCGGCAAUCUCCGACGAAGACCAUUCACAUCCACGUUUUAAGGAACACGAUCACGGCUAAUCCCGACAACGUGGAAUACAUUCUCAAGACAAAAUUUGAAAAUUACCCAAAAGGGAAAAUCUUCUCCUCGAUCCUAGGCGAUUUUUUGGGCCGUGGGAUUUUCAAUGUCGAUGGCGAUUUGUGGCGGUUUCAGAAGAAAAUGGCGAUCAUCGAGCUUGGUCAACAGUCGAUUAGAUCCUACUGUUUUGAAAUUGUUUCUCAGGAGAUUCAUUCCCGCCUUUUGCCGCUUCUUUCGUCCGUUGCCGAUGGCGGCAGUGGCGGAGUUUUGGAUUUACAAGAUGUGUUUAGAAGAUUUGCUUUUGAUAGUAUUUGUAAGUUUUCGUUUGGGUUGGAUCCAAUGUGCUUGGAGCUGUCGCUUCCCAUCUCAGAUAUCGCCGUCGCUUUCGAUCUUGCUUCUAAGCUUUCUGCUGAAAGAGCCAUGGCAGUCCCGCCGUUGAUCUGGAAAAUCAAGCGAAUGCUCAACUUAGGAAGAGAGAAGGAAUUGAAGAAAGCAAUAAAGUUAAUCAACGUGUUGGCUCAUGAAGUAAUUCGACAAAGAAGAAAACUAGGAUUCUCGACCCAUAGGGACCUCCUCUCCCAAUUUAUGCGAACCGUAUCUGAUGAGACUUUCUUACGAGACAUCAUUGUUAGCUUUCUUUUAGCCGGUCGUGAUACUAUUGCCUCUGCCCUCACUAGCUUCUUUUGGGUCAUUUCCACCCAUCCUGCCGUAGAGUCUGCUAUCCAACUCGAGGCUGAUCGAGUCAUUGGCCCCACCUCGAACCCUACCUCCUUUGACCAAAUACGAAAUCUCCACUACUUACAAGCUGCCAUCUUCGAGUCCAUGAGGUUGUAUCCUCCCAUUCAGUUUGACUCAAAGUUUUGCCAAAACGAUGACAUUUUACCCGAUGGAACUUUCGUUCGACGUGGGACUCGAGUCAGUUACCAUCCUUAUGCAAUGGGUCGAAUGGAGCAAAUUUGGGGAACAAACUGCCUGGAGUUCAACCCAGAACGAUGGCUAAAAAACAACAUAUUUUGUCCUGAAAACCCGUUCAAGUAUCCCAUAUUCCAAGGUGGAUUUCGGUUUUGUUUAGGCAAAGAAAUGGCUCUGUUUGAGUUGAAAAUUGUAGCCCUUUCAGUUAUUCGUCAUUUUCGAAUCCAAUCUACAACACCGUCGUCGUCUGUGGCACCACGAUUCUCCCCUGGCCUCACUGCGACCUUUUGUGGUGGAUUCAAAGUUAUAGUUAGUAAGAAGAGAAAAUGGGAGUGAUCACUAAAGAUCACUUUACAUGGUCAUUAACUUAUUAAUUAUAUCUUUUUUUUUUUCUAUUGAGAACGUCAGCAUCAUUUAAUAUAAUGUCUAUAAUUGAAUUAA